GCGCGUAAGUUAAGUAUAAAACGAGUACAGGCUGCUGAAUCGCGUCUACUCGCUUCCCGCAAGGUCAAGUGCGAGCGUCCAAGUCAUUGCUCCUCCUGUGCGCGCAUACCUACUUGCGCAGCGCACCCAGUGCUAUUACAAUCGGUGAUCGGUGUUCUUUACUCGCGUUGAAAGAUGCUUCUGAGACAACUUGUUUUGGCGUGCCUGUUCUGCUGGGCCGCGCACACAACGGCCAGCAGCGACGACCGGUUCAUCAAGAAAUACGCAAUGAUGAAGAUUUAUGAAAGUUGUUUUGGUCCAGAAGUUGUAAAACAAAUUCGACAAGAAAUGAAGGACGCAUAUGCAAAAUGUUCGGCACCGCCAUCUUUCGACGCACAGCCGAACUUGCACCUCCCGCCGUCGGUGCUCUUGGGGAAACUGCCGCCCGGCUUUGCCAUGGACCCGAGCUCGCAAACCAUCACUAAGCCCACAGAUGGCGCUAUACACAACCAGGAGAAUGAUUUACCAAAUCAAGAUUCGCAUUCUCUUAAAGAGUCGCCUCUAGGAGGGAUCCUUGCAUUUAGACCACAUGGGUCGCAAUUUCCUCAGCAGCAGCCGGCGGUGCCCCCGUAUAUGAUGCCCGGCAGUCCUCAGUUCAGACCUUUUAGCCCUGCGACGCCCUUCUACCAGGUCCCUUACAGCGCGCCCGGUCUGUUCUACCCCCCGGGAAUGCCGUCGUAUAAUCCCUACGCGUACCAACAACAAUAUCCGCAAGGCUUUUAUCAGCAGCCGGGUUUCUUUGGAUCUAAUAGAAUGUCGCGAGAGUUGGACAUACGCGACAGACUGGAGUUAAUCUCGCGCACCGGCGGAGCGGGCGCGGGCGCGGGCGCGGGGGCAAGCGGCGGUCGCGUGCGCAACAUCACGUGCGUCAUGCAGGAGCUGGGCUACAUCGACCACAACCUCGAGCCUAACUACGAGCAGAUCACGCAGCGAAUCGCAAACCUGCCCGUCUCUAGCGAGCUUAAGGGCGACAUUCAAGACGGCCUGCAGUUCUGCCAGAAGUUCUCGCAAUGCGUCCCAGACACUAAGCGUGACGUGGCGCCACUGUCCCAGGAGCUGAUCAAGCCCAUGUUCUUCUUCCGCUGCUACAAGCACAAGAAGUUGGAGGCGUGCAUCAUGAAGGAUAUUCGGGAACGUUUCACUAGCGAGGAUGAGCUAGACACCGACACCGAUUUUAGGUCGCUGUCGCGCUCUGCACGCGCGGCGCGGGCCCGCGACGAACCGCUGCCCGACCCACGCUUCGACGCGCUCGACGAGAUGGCACUCUACCUCUACGACUAUCUCAGCAACGGCAACGGAUUCGACUUUGAUCUCUACAUGUAAUGCUGACAAACUGCUGCUGAUUCUCCAGUCUCGUGAUAGCAUUCUUUUAAACCCUUGAUUCGACAUAAGGUCGUGAGUUCAAACCUCAUUAGCGCUAAUUGUUGUAAUAAAAAAAUGCAAAAAAAGGUCAAAUGAGUAGAAAGAAAAAAAAUGAAGAAGAGAAAAUAAAUUUGGACGGCGGUGUCGGGUAAAAAAGCAAACGUGAUAUAACACUUUAAACUAGCGUACCGUAAAAUGGGGUGAGUAGGGUUCGCGGGGAGAGCUGGGUUAUGAAUGGGGAGAUAAGGUUUGAAAGGGGGGUGAGAUGGAUUUUUAGGGCUACUGCUACAAAAAUAAUGUAUUCCAAUUACAAAUGGAGCUAUAGUAAUACUCAUAAUAAUAAAAAAAUCGAUCCAACAAUCUUCCAAAAUCACCUUUGUUUGAAAACCCAUAUCAAUCCAAUUACGAGGGUGAGGUGGUUUUUCCUGUUUAUCGUCAAAGUUAUGAAAUGGAACUACCCAAAAUAAAAUACAAACGUCCGGAACACUUAUUAUAUACACCAUUCAGUUUGCAUAUGUAAAAAUAAAAUAUUAUCAAGGUUUGAAUGUCAGCUUUGCUCCUACUCACCCCAUUUUACGGUACAUACUUAAUUAUUGUUACUAACGGGUCUAACGCGAUUAAAUUUCAUUAUUUUACGAAUCAGGCAUUAUUUUUCAGUUUUGUAUGUGAAAGGGGUAACGGGUAAUGGACAAAGUUGGAUCAGUACUCAAGAAAUUCUUUAUUAAGUCUGUAUACACGCCGUUAUCUAAAGUAGCAAGUCCAAAGGAUGUCAUUCCGUACCAGAAUCCCGGUGUCUACAAGAUAGAAUGCAGUUGUAGAAGUGCGUA